AUGGAUUCGCAAGCGCAGAUGAAACGUAAUUAUGGUCAUCAUGAAGCAGAGGAACCAAUUAGGAUUCAGCAUCCAGAGGAAGAAGAGCAUCAUGAGAAAGGACCAUCGAAAGUUCUAAAGAAAGUGAAGGAGAAAGCAAAGAAGAUAAAAAAGGCUCUUACUAAACAUGGACAUGGAGAUGAACACGAUCGUGGGACGAAAGCUUUUCCGGUAGUGUCCUCUUCUCACGCAAAACCAACCAGAGGAGUGGACCCAAUACGAGGCUCUUAUGCAUCUCACGGACACGAAGCACCACCGCCUCGUCCUGUAAGAGCGUCAGAUGUGUCGGAAAACGAAAAGAGAAGAGACUCUGUAACACUGACGCCGCAUAACACGCCAGUGUCUUCUUCACUCUCUUCGACGGAAGAUGUCACGAGAACGUCUGUUCCUGGGUUGGGCUCUCUUGGUGGGAUAUCGAAUUAUCAGUCCAAAUUUACUGCUCCCACCGGAAAAGGUAACAACUUUGAUACGAGGAGGAAAGGAACAGGUGAAGAUGAUCAAUUAGGGCAUGGAAGAGAUCUACCGGAGAAAAGUCCGGGAUCUGGACUGGGGAGAGAAAUUCCGGUGAGGAGUCAUGAAUUAGAUGUGAAAUCAGGGAGUGAUUUGGAGCCGAAUCAGAGCAGUUACAGUGAUAAGAUCGCAUCAGCGACUUCGGUCAUAACCGAUAAAGCCGUAGCGGCAAAAAACGCCGUCGCAUCGAAGCUGGGUUAUUCCGGUGACGGAGAAGGAGAGGAAACUAGAAGCUCCGGUGGUGGGUACGGGAGUAUGGUUAGUGAGAAAUUGACUCCAAUUUACGACAAGGUUAAAGAGACAGGAGCGACGGUGAUGACGAAAUUGCCUCUCUCCGGCGGUACGGAGACGGAGACACGGCAAGGACAAGACAAGGGAGUGUCGGCGAGGGAAUAUCUGACUGAGAAAUUAAGUCCUGGAGAGGAAGACAAGGCUUUAUCAAAGGUUGUCACCGAGAAACUUCAUCUCGGCGGCGAGAACACGACGGCGCCGGUUAAGAAAGGGAUAGUAACCCAAUCGGAGGAGGUGGAGAAGAGGCUCGGAGGAUUCUCAGAUCAGAGAUCUCAAGAGGAGAGGAAACACGGCGAAGCGUUUGCGGAGGAAGGCGAAGGAGGAAUGGUGGAGAAGCUAAGAGGAGCUGUUACUUCGUGGCUCGCAGGUACGACGGAGGAAGUUGUGCAAAAGUCUACAGAAUCCUCUUCACAGUCACUUGGCUCCACCGUCGGGAAUAUUGCGGCGGGCCAAACCGACGGCGGCGACAACAAUGGAUCUGUACCUGUGCAAAAGAGAUUUCAAGAAUCUGGAAACUGA